UCUACAAUUUGUCUAUGGAACCUUGUUUGUCUUCACCACAAAUUCACCUUCCCAAAACCAACGAUGGCGAGGGAAAAAGUGGAGAGCCAUCGGCGGUCCAUGUUAAGAAAUGCAAAGAGAUCAUCUCGACCUUGCCGAGAAAAAAAGGCUGGAAAGGCUCGUCGGAUUAUCUUCAUCAGUACCAAGGCUUUUGGUACUACGACUCUUUCUUGGAAGGAAUCAUGUCAGCUCAAGAUCACUUCCAGGCUCGAUCACAAGACAUAAUCGUGGCUAGUUGUCCAAAAACUGGCACAACUUGGCUUAAGGCACUUACUUUUGCUAUCGCUACUAGAACUUCUUUCGAUGAUUCAACCUGCACCAGCCCUUUGCUCACCAAAGCGCCACAUGAAUGUGUUCCAUUUUUGGAGAUUGAUCUCGCAAAUGACUCGAGCAAUCGCAACAUGGAACUUAAUCUUGUGGCUACACACAUUCCCUACGUUUCUUUACCACACUCCAUUCUUGCUUCUGGCUGUAAAAUUGUCUACAUAUGGAGGGACCCCAAGGACGUGUUUGUUUCCAUGUGGUACUUCGUUGCCAAGCAGAUGAUAUCCAAGGACUCCGAACCCAUUUCUCUGGAAGAAGCGUUUGAGCUGUUUUGCCAAGGAAUUGUGAAUUAUGGACCCUACUGGGACCAUGUUUUAGGAUUCUGGAGGGCGAGAGUAGAGUUUCCUGAGAAGAUAAUGUUCGUGAAGUACGAGGAAAUGAUGAAAGAUACAUGUUUUUACGUGAAGAAAUUAGCAGAGUUCAUGGGUUACCCUUUCACCUCAGAGGAAGAAGAAAGAGGAAUGGUGGAAAAUGUCAUAAACAUGUGUAAGUUUGAGAAGCUGAGCAACUUGGAGGUGAAUAAAAAUGGAAUGCAUCGGCCAAAUACAUCUCUGGAGAUUGAAAACAAUUUAUAUUUCAGGAAGGGGAAGGUAGGAGAUUGGGAGAAUGAGUUGACAGCUGAAAUGGGAGCUCGCCUGGAUUGGAUAGUUGAGCAGAAGUUAAGCGGUUCAGGAUUGAAAUUAAUGUGAGUCUGUGUUUGAUCCUUGAUUAUCCUGUAAAACAACUAUAUGCCAAUAAGCUGGGAAGCUGAUAUAGUUAUUCAGCAUUUUCUGUUCUUGUUUUUCUUCUUGUUUUUUGUU